AUGGUCCUCUUUAGCAAGCUCGCCCUCGCCGCUGCUUCCAUCGCGGCCGUCUCGGCCGCUCCAUGGGAGCCGUCUGUCAAACUUUCCACUCAUCGUCCUCGAGCUGUCUCUGACGACUUGACGGUCGAGUCUUUCCACCCAACAAAUAUCUAUGAGACGUACGGUACUGGUGUUACAACCCCUCUCAAGAAGCGUGGUGAACCUUCUGGAUCCAUCGAACAGUCUGCUGCAUCCUUUGUCGAGGAGAAACUCCAGCUGAGCAGCGGAGAAUAUAACAUUCGCUCCUCAGCCAACACGGAAACCGGUGGAAGCGUAUGGAUCCAGCAGCUUGUGAAUGGUAUUCCUGUGGCCAACGCGGUCGCGAAUGUUGCUCUCAACAAGAAUGAGGACGUUGUCGCCUUUGGUGCCAACUUCCACGGUACCAGUGUCUCUCGUCGUGCUGCCAACGUUGCGCCUCCCACGCCAACCAUCUCCAAGGAACAAGCCAUCACCUCUGCUGAGAGGAAGCUCCAUGGCAAGCACAACGACAAAGCCCCGACGCUUGAAUAUUAUGUCAAGCAGGAUGGCAGCCUCGCCCUCACAUAUGUUGUCGAAGUCCAAACUGCUGAUGGGAACCAUUGGUACGAGGCAUUUGUCGACGCGUCGAAUGCGCAAAUUGUCGCCACCAACGACUUUGUCGCUGGUGCAUCCUAUGUCGCAGUGGAUCCUCAGGUGCAGGAUAUUACCAAAGGCUACAACACCUAUACGAACCCAGCUGACACUGUUGCCUCGCCUAAUGGGUGGCAUCAAGUCGGCUCGACUGUCUCCACGGACACCUCUGGCAACAAUGUCAUCUCGUACAAGGGUUCGACGACCGGAACGACCAAGCAGAGCGCCUCGGGUCAAGUCUUCAACUACAAAUAUGACACCUCUGUUGGACCGACGUCUGGAUCUAAUGUCGAUGCUGCUAGAGUCAAUGCGUUCUUCAUCGCCAACAAGAUCCAUGAUAUUAACUAUCGUUAUGGAUUCACCGAGAAGACAUUCAACUUCCAGAAUGAUAACUUUGGCAAAGGUGGCUCUGGUAACGACCGUAUCAAGAUCUCAGUUCAAGACAGCUCUGGCACCAACAACGCCAACUUUGCAACGCCAGCUGAUGGCAGCUCUGGCCAGAUGAGAAUGUAUAUUUGGACUCGCACCACUCCUAAUCGCGAUGGUGACCUUUCAAAUGAUGUGAUCGCACACGAGCAAACUCACGGAACGACUAACCGUAUGACCGGCGGUGGCACUGGUCGUUGCCUCCAAACAACCGAGGCCGGUGGAAUGGGCGAGGGAUGGAGCGACGCUUUUGCCGAAUGGCUCGAGCACAAGGACAGCAGUGUGCCAGACUUUGUUUUGGGAGUUUGGGUGUACAAUAACUCGAAGGGGAUUCGCAAUUAUCCUUAUUCGACGAGCACGUCGGUGAAUCCUCUUAAAUAUAGCAGUGUCGCUUCCCUGAACGAGGUUCAUAAUAUCGGCGAAGUUUGGGCAAACAUUCUUCACAAUGUCUAUGCACAGCUUGUCGGUUCAUACGGGUUCGCUGCUGAUGCGUUCACUAACCCUGACUCGAGCGCUGGAAACGUCGUAUUCCUAAGACUGUUCUAUGAUGCUCUCCUCCUUCAACCUUGCAAUCCGACGAUGGUACAGGCCCGCGCUGCGUGGAUUCAGGCGGAUACAAACCGAUACUCAGGCAAGCACGCCUGCACGCUUUGGAAGGCGUUCGCCUCCCGUGGUCUCGGCUCAGGAGCUGUGUCGGGAACGUACAGGGAUUCGACGACGGUGCCGUCUGGGUGCUGA